CCGGCGCGCCCGGACUCCAUUUGCCGUGGAGCCGUUGGAGGCCGGCUUCCGGCGCAGGUACGGGUCGGCGCACGCGGCCGCUGUCCGGUUGACUUUGCAGAGCCAUGGAGGGCGGCUUCGGCUCGGAUUUCGGGGGCUCCAGUGGCGGCAAGCUGGACCCGGGGCUCAUCAUGGAGCAGGUGAAGGUGCAGAUCGCCGUGGCCAACGCACAGGAGCUCCUGCAGAGAAUGACGGAUAAGUGCUUCCGGAAGUGCAUCGGGAAGCCGGGGGGCUCCCUGGACAAUUCGGAGCAGAAGUGCAUCGCCAUGUGCAUGGACCGGUACAUGGACGCCUGGAACACCGUGUCCCGCGCCUACAACUCGCGACUGCAGCGGGAACGAGCCAACAUGUGACCGGGACGCGCCGCCCCCGGCCCUGCCCCAUUUCCAUAAAUGCGCUUUGUGAGGCGGGGGCCGGCGUGAGCGUACUGCCAACCCUUCGUUUAUGAGGAUGAGACUGGUGCUGGGACACUUGGGACUCUGCCGACGCCCAACCCACCUCCCUACCGCCAGCAAGUGUAGCUGGGGACUUGGGGGGCUCUGGACCUUCCCAAAGUGCUGGCAGCGCGGUGGCACCUCCUCUGAUGUGACCCGCUCAACCUCAUGCCCAGGGCAUAGAACCCUCAUGGGGGCCUGGAGGCCUGUCGUCAGACCGCACCUGAGUUGUGACCUGGGAGUGGGCCCACAAAUAAAUUGCUGAGGGGGGCGGAGAGAGCCCUGUGCAUCUUCCCUGCAGGCGCCUCUGUGGGAGAAGGAGUCCCUGCUACCUGGGUCCCCUACCCAGACUGAGCCUCAGUCUCCGCCCCGCCCCCCCCUUUCUCCUCUGUGCUGCUGGGUGUUUUGGACGACUGGGACUGCGUUCACACAAAAGGGAGCCUUGAACACGAGGCUGAACCCCCAGCCCCAAAGGUGGGGUUUGGGGGAAGUGGCCCUCCCUGAGCCCUUGCUCACCUCCCACACCCUCCCCCACUUCUGGGCCCUGGUGAUCUCCAGGUGAGUGGUCUUCGCUGUGACAUGGAGGUGGUGAACCAACAAGCUCGGAACAAAGGGCUCUUUAUUGGAGUGAAAUAUGCGGUAAAACUGCACCCUGCCACCUGCUGGCCCACCACCCGCCACCUGGACUCCCCUUGGGCUGGGUGGCCGGCCUGCAUGCCUCUUGCCUUCACGUCGCCUCCCAGGCCUGGGCAGCCACUGUGCAGUCACUCCUGGAUGUUCUGCCCGAUCCAACCUCUCACAGCUGCCACCCGGGUGUAGACGCCCGGGAAGUGGGGCCGCCCGCAGCCGUAGCCCCAGCUGGUGACCCCGGUUAGCACCCACCGACCAGAUGGCUCCCGGCAUGCCAGGGGUCCCCCGGCGUCACCCUGAGCGGAGGAGGGGAAAGGUGCUCAGAGCAAGCCAGUGCUGCCACAGCUCUGACAGCCCUGGGGCCAAGGGCGGACUGGCCUAACCCUGGGUGGCUGGUCACGGGUGUCACGUGGGUUCCCUGUGUGACCCCAGGUAAGUGGCUACCCCUGUAAACCUCACUUUUAUUAUCUGAGAAAUGGGUUCAGUGUCAGGAGGGGCUGUUUCAUCUGGGUGGCAGGUAUUUUUGGUUCCCUAGCAGAACUGGGCCUCACUGCAGCCUGUGCGGGUCCCAACGCCGCAGGGCCCAGGGGAGGAGGGGGGACGACAGGCUCGUAACCGAUGCCCAAUAAACGGUCGAGUGAAACUUCGA